UUUAUUGUUAAAUAUCUAUUGGAUCUAUUGUUAUCAAAUUGUUGUCUUGUCCCCGUUAUCCCUUUAAUUAGUAGUUCCAAAUUGGAACAUUUUUCUUAUUUUUUUUCUGUGAAACGGUGUUUUUCAAGAAAGUGAAGAAAGUUAAUAAAAAUAUUCUAAAACAUAUAUACGAGACUCGUAAAGUUUAAUAAUAUCCAAAAUAAACACACAUGUAUACUUACGUAUUUAUAAGACACUAAUUAUAAAUUCAGUGUUUUGACAUAUUUACUCAUGCGAUAAAAAGUAUUAAUUAAUAUUUCAACAUUUUGGAUGAUUUUGUUACAUUUCUUGUAACUUGAUAAAUCUAAUUAAUAUACAUACGAUACGUGGACAAUUGUACAAUUCUUAUCGUCAACAUGGGAAUUAGUGAAAUUAAUUUAUGGGUUUUAAUUCGUAGAUACGAUCAACUUGAAUCUGAGGAAGAUGUGACAGAUUUAGAAUCUACUUUACGUCGUGUUACAUUGCCUUCUGGGUCAACAUUAGAUGAAUUGAAAUCGUCAAUUUAUUCCUGGAUUGGUGUCGAGGAGGAUUCAACUAGGGUUUUAAAAAUUAGACGUCACGACAAUAAUCUUAUUCCACUUUCCAGUUUACUUAGUGGAUCAUCAAAAGACAAGCCUUUUAUUAUUGACAUUGUUCGUGUUCACCAAUUUUGUCCAGUGGAAAAGCGAACUAUUCCACCAGGAUAUAUUGAUGCCUUGAAAUCAAAAUUGGCAAAUUUAGAAAAAAGGGUAAUGGCUGCUGAGUGCGCAUUACCGGAAGUUGCUUCAGCUCAUAUUCAAGCAGUUGAGGAAGCUGCUUCUCAAUUAGCAACGUGUGUAGGAUUUUUAGAUCGAAGAUUAGACGAAUUAGUGCCAGCCGAUUGGAAAUAUCAAAUUGGUACUGUUCAUUCCGUUGCAUCAUAGAACUUAAAAAAAUGGCGAAUUUUUUUUAACUUCUGAGAUCUGAUUAUAUAAUAAAACUUGUGCAAUACUAUAAUCGGCAAGAGAGAAAAAAAAUGAAAAAGAAAACAAUAUAAAAUUUAGAAGAAAAAUUUUAAGGCAGUAUUAUAGGUAAUAUAAUUUAUUUAAUUAUCUUACAUAUUUUAUCGCUUAGGCACUGCCUCAACAACAACAACAAAAUAAAAUAAUUUUAAAGUGUUAAAAACACUCGAUAUUUAAAAUUUAAUUCAAUGCAGUAUAGUCUAUAUAUCAAGUUUCGAAAAGACUUUUUCCACUUUUUAUAUAAACAACACUAAAUGCAAUUAUAUUGUAUUGAAUCUCCCAAGCAAGUAUGAAUGACAGUGACAAUUAUUUCGAGAAAAGAAAAAUUUAGAUCUGUUUUAUGUAUUCAAAAUGUUAUUGUUAUUACGUAAAUUAUUGUAUUCGUAAUAAUCAGGUAAAUUUACAGGAAUCGUUAAAUAUUUAAAAAUUAUCAAAUAUUUAUUAUUUAGAAAAGUUUGAUUAAAAAGAAAAGUGUAUUUAAAUUUUAAAAGUUAAAUUUGUAAUACUUUUUAUUAACAAUUGAAACAAAUUUUAAAUUUUACUCAAAAAGCCAUUGUCUUUACAGGGUUUCUACAAAUUUCUUCUUAUAAAAGUCCAUGAUUUCCAGAUGAUAAAUGAUAAAAUUUCCAUGACACAUUAAAACAAAAUUUUUGUCAGUUAAGUCAGAUAAAUGUCAUGAAAAAAAAAUUUUGUCAGGGAAAUUAAGAAAAUUGAGGCUUU